UCUCAGAUAAAACUCUUCACUUGCUUACUCUCUCUCUCUCUCUGUCUAUGUCUCUACAAUCUAGAGAGAGAGGGUGUUAAUGGUGAUAUGCAAGGCGUUUGAGAUUUAAUGUUGUUUGAUGGUAUAAUGAGAAGACGAAUUAAUCUCUUUUUCUUUGAAGAUGGCUUUGCAAGAAGAGGAGAAUCGGCAGCUUCCAAGCUCAGCAUUGGUUUUUGAUGGAUUAUACUGUGAAGAAGAGGGGAUUGAGGAAGAUUAUGCUUGCGUUGAUGAUCAGACUGUGAGAAAGGAGUCGCCUUUUUCUUGUGUUUUUCUCGAACAAGACCUGUUUUGGGAAGAUGAUGAACUAGUUACUCUAAUCUCUAAAGAAAAAGAGACCCGCUUUUGUUUUGAUAAUGUAGUCUCUGAUGGGUCUUUAAUGAUGGUUCGCAAAGAGGCUAUUGAUUGGGUUUUGAGAGUAAAAGCUCACUAUGGGUUCACUGCUUUGACUGGUGUGCUUGCUGUGAACUACUUUGAUAGGUUCAUUUCUAGUUUAAAUUUUCCGAGAGACAAGCCUUGGAUGGGUCAACUUGCUGUUGUGGCUUGUUUGUCUCUGGCUGCCAAAGUUGAGGAGACCCAAGUGCCCCUUCUUUUAGACUUGCAAGUGGAGGAAUCAAAGUAUGUUUUCGAAGCCAAGACUAUAAAGAGAAUGGAGCUUCUGGUGCUCUCUACUCUUCAGUGGAGGAUGAAUCCUGUGACGCCAAUUUCCUUUUUUGAUCAUAUUAUAAGGAGACUUGGACUAAAGAAUCAAUUGCAUUGGGAAUUUUUUAGGAGGUCUGAACGGUUACUUCUCUCUGUCUUUGCUGAUUCAAGGUUCAUGAGUUAUCUUCCUUCUACAUUAGCUACCUCAAUUAUGCUGCAUGUCAUUAAGGAGGUUGAGCCGUGUAAUCAAGUGGAACACCAGCAUCAGCUUAUGUCUGUGAUCAAAAUCAGUGAGGACAAAGUGAACGAGUGUUACAAGCUCGUUUUGGAGCUAUCAGGCAGUGAGAAUAGAAGCUGCAAGAGAAAGUGUCCCUUGACGCCCAGCAGUCCAAAUGGAGUCAUUGAUGCAUACUUCAGCUGUGAUAGCUCAAAUGAGUCCUGGGCUGUGGCUUCAACGGUCUCAUCACCACCAGUGACUCGGUUCAAAAGGAAUAGAACCCAGGAUCAGCAGAUGCGGGUGCCUUCACUAAAUCGUAUGUUUGUGGAUGUGCUUAGCAGUCCUCAUUAGUAUUUACUUCUCUUAUUGUCUACUACAAAACAUGUGGAUUAUAAAUUUCUAUUAAUUGUACUAUGCAGUUCUUGAGGCGCAACAUUUCUGUGUUUCACCGAUUAUCAAUGCAUUUCGGGCGUAUAAUUUGAACCUUAUUGGUACUCAGACAAAGGAAAAAGAAAGAAAGAUGAGAAAUUUUCUAUGUGACCUCUUUAUUUGAGAAUGGAAUGAGGAAAUUGGCUAUUUAUUUUUUCUUAC